AUGGUUGAUGAUUGCUAUUUCUUUUUGUACUCGGAGUGCAAGUUUGGAGAAAAGUGUGUACAUCGGCAUAACGAAAUCUGUAGGAGCAAUAUGGCUACGUGCAAAAACUGGAAGGCCGGAGGUGCAUGUGAAGAUGAGUGUCCGUUUCGCCACUCUGAAUAUCACUGCAAAAAGAAUCGUCGUGAAGAGAUGUGCUACUGGGAAGACAAGCCAAGUGGAUGUACCAAGGUCAAAUGCGAGUAUAGGCACGUGGAUCCAUCAAAAGACGCAUGGAAGAGCAAUCUGCCGGCACAAAAUAUGGAAAGCAUACCCAAGAGCAAAGUAUGCGAUGCCUUGGAUCACGGAAGUGAUGUACCGCAUGAAUACACAGCAAAUACAAUGGCUUUUGGGAGUGCAUCUACGGAUACCACGUCAUUGAAGGACUAUGAGGAUAUGGUUGAUGGUGCUAUCUGUACAGGCAUUCAAAGCGAUAUGAAUCACAUUAACAAUUUUUCUGGAGGCAAUUCGUGGGAAUGUGGGGAAGAAAUAGAGUGUCAGUUAGCAGCAGAAGAAAAAAAGAGCAUAAGUAUGGAAAAAGAGAAUGGCGAGGCCAGGAUCCGUAAUGAGCAUGGCAAGUUUAGUGCAAAAGAGACGGCCUUAAUACAUGAUUCAAGCGCAAUACAGCAAACUGAUCCAACGCCAUUCCAUGCCUCCAAGAUUCCGACGGAUAAAUGCAUGAGCAAGCAUCAGCUUGAGGAUGGCCAUAGCGUCAAUAAGUCGCCUAAAAAGAAUAAAGCAAGCAAUAUCGAUACAUCAGAUGCAUCAAGCAAAACCACUGUAAUUUUAGAAGAGCUUGAUAAAGAUAUCGAAGAAUUAGAUAAUAUCCUGGCUGGCCAAUAA